ACACUAGUUUUACGGCAGGUUUGAAAAGUCGAUCGAACCGAUCAAUACCGAGGAUCCUCGUCAAAAUGCGUGCCCUCAUUUUUCUCUUCGCCUGUUUAUCGCUGUUUGCCACCGCAUGGGGUAACAACUUGAUUCUUGGCAGACGUCUGUUUGGUGAUGUUCUUGUCGAAUUUCGACCCAUCUUGAAGCCACCAGUGCCAGGUGUCAGUCACACAGCCACGAUUGACAUAACUGCACCACCCGGCUACGUGAUCUCAUUGGUCAGUGUAAUCAACCGAAAUCCGAGGGUAGUAAACAUCAGACUUACAAAAGGUUAUAUUGGACAAGACUCGAUGGUCUUACUAGCUACUGGAAGACCAGGUUGGGCUCUUUCGAUGGAGGUUACCGUUUUCGCUAUUCGUUCUAAACACCAUAGUACCACAACAACUAGUACUACUUCGUCAACGACUACGAGCACUCAAUCAACCACUACCUCCACCAAACCAACGACUACGAGCACUCAAUCAACCACUAUCUCCACCAAACCAACGACUACGAGCACUCAAUCAACUAUCUUUACCACACCGGUUACACUAACUUACUACCGAUAUCCCGGUACUGGCACACCACUGACUAAGGACAAUCAACCAGCAUCUAGAAUCUACCGAACCAACGACUACCACAUAGUGAAACUUCUUGCACCAUGGAAGUUGAACACAUAGGAAUGAUACAUUUCAAAAAUCAUAUACAGAGCAUAGAAAAUAUAAAGAUCGUAAAUUUUCAACAAUAGCAUGAAAAGACCUAAAUAAAAUAAUAA